AUGGUGAUCGUUUCUCACCCUAUCCGUCCAAGCUUCACGUCGGCUCAAGUCUCUCGCUUCUUUUUCCAGCCGUGCCGCGAUGACUACGACGAAAUUAUCGACGAAUACUUCCGGUGUCGUUGCGGCACGGUUAGAAAACAAACCCGUCGCAACGGGUUUACGAACCUACUACAACACGUGAGACGUGAGCACCCCGACUUUGAAACGAGAAUGCGGGAGGCCUCGACUACUGAGACUGGCUCUUUACUGAGCUACGUUCGCCAGUCCUCCCAAAACCUUUACGGGUGGCUAACGUGGGUCAUCAUGAGCAACCUGUCGCUCGCAUUCUGCGAAAAUCGAGCUACAAGACGGACCCCAUCUGUAUCGAGACCCUGCGCUCUACAAUGGAAGGGAUCACGCUGGCGGUGGAGAGAUCUAUUGUCUCCGAGAUGCCGGAGAUAUUUGGGCUCAUCCUUGACGGAUGGACCCAUUUAUCAGAGCACUAUAUCGCGGUCUUCGCCUGCUACGAAGUGA